CAGAAAAACCAUACUACUAAUAUCCAAAUUCAACCAUUAAUAGACUCCCAUUUAUUCAAAUACCAAAAAAAUAAUAGUAAACAGAGUAAUGGGUACACUUCAGUUACUCAAUCCUCAUUGUUUGGCCUCUCACAAAGUACUCCUCUCUCACAACUUCAGCACAAGUACUGGAAAAUUGAUCAGACCCCCCAAAAGCAUCAUCAGCUUCUCUAGAAGAGGAAGAAGAAGAAGAAUCAGAGCUGUCGCUACGAUUCCGGAGGGUGAAUCGGAAACCGCGGAAGAGCCCGAAGAACCCCCUGCAGUCAAUUUUGCAUUUGUUCACUCUGUGUUACUUCCUGAUGGAACACCAGAUGUGCAUUUUCGUACAGCAUGUGGUGGGCAGAAACUCAGAGACAUUAUGUUGGAUUCUAAUAUGGAACUGUAUGGACCAUAUGCUAGACCUCUGUGUAACUGUUCGGGAGGAGGAACUUGUGGCACAUGCAUUGUUGAAGUUGUUGAAGGGAAGGAGCUGCUAACCCCACGAACGGAUAAAGAAAAGGAGAAACUCAAGCGGAAUCCAAAGAACUGGAGGCUUGCUUGUCAGGUUACAGUUGGGAAACCAGAUUCUAGAGGCCUGGUUGUCAUCCAACAACUGCCUGAAUGGAAAGGGCAUCAAUGGGAAUACAACAAAGAACCUCCUCCGGAAGAACCCUGAUUACGACUUUCUUCUGUUCAGCUAGGCGUCCAUUGAAAAGUGUAAAUCUGUAUUCUUAAGAAAUUAAGUUACAGUGGAUAUUGGAUAUUCUGGACAAAGAGAGAAUGAUCGGAUAUUAGAUUCU